GAGCAUUCUAACUGGCUGCCACAAUACUGGAAGCACAAGAUCCUCGCCGUCGUUCGUAUCCUCCUCGUUACCGGGCUGUAUAUCGCUACCGGCCUCCUCCUCGCCAACCAAAACGUCGCUCAGAUACCGCGAUGGCCGACUAAUGUCCCGAAACGGAAUGAGACAGACUCACUUCUAGUCCUCAACGCUGCAUGCUUCCAAUCAGAUACCGCGGGAGUCUUGAAGCAGACACUGGACGAGAGCUUUAAGGACUCCAACUCUUUCUUUGAUAAGACGCUGCUGAAUUCAACGCCCAAUAACAAGAUCGUAGGCUGGAAUUUCUUCAUCUUGAUGGUGCUUUGGUACGGGUUCGCCAUCAUUGCCGAGGCCUUCCGCCUCUGGUACCAUCGCCGCAGUCGUGCGGCGGAUCACCAACGGGCCCAACGGAAGGGGCCAGCGAAAUGGGUCUACUACCUCUUCUGGUUGUAUCAAUUUGGUGGUGCCGUAUUCUGUACUGUCGCCAUCAUCUACUCUUUCGUUUACAUCCGGAACCUACGAAGCUGGAUGGGACACUCGGGGUGGAUCGAGAAGGAAGAUGGAAAGAACCCGGAAAGCGUUGCUUACUCCUUCGGGCAGCUGGUGCCUAUCUUCUUGACGCUGUUGACUGUUUUCACUUUCUGUCAACUUAUUGGUGACAAAUUUAGCGAGCGCCGCCGUCGUGGAGGAAGCAACGAUACAGAGACCGGUCAGCACACCGCACCGACCCAAACCGAGUCUCCGUCGUUGCAGUAUUCUCCACUUCCAGAGAAGAAGGACAAUUAUACCGUCACCGUGGCCUCGGCUCCGAUCACGCCAACUCUGCAGAUCGAUGAGCCGCAGCUGUAUCCUUCUCCAACAUUGCAGCAAAGGUCCCCCAUGAGACCAAGCAAUCUAUCGAGUUCCUCCGUAACAGCGAGUAAUCCAUCUAGCUCACCACUGCUGUCGAGCACAGGAAACCCUCCUGCACCACAGAAUGAUACUCUUGGACGUUGA